AGCAGUUCAUGUCUGUUAAAUCACGCUUUCGAAGAGGAAAGUAUUCUCACUUGCAAGAUAAGUAGGGUAAAUUUUCUGCGAGCACUAAGCAGACUGCAACACGAAAACGGCGCUUGAAGCUUGAGGUGGUUUUUAUUAGGCAGCGACGUUGCCAACGUCGAGGACAAUUUCCCCGUAGCCAGACCCCGGCCGGAUAAGGCCUUGCGCAUCUCAACCCCGAGAUUUGCAAGGCUUGCCGGCUGCUGCUGCCGUGGUCAAGUCUUCCCCUCGCCAGCCAGCUGGCACCUCACCAUGGCCGCGGCAUUCAGCAAUACAGCGCCGGGCGCAUCCGGGGCGGACACUGCCAAGCCCGGUCAGUCGGCCCCGUGGCCCCGGCGGAAGCGGAACCAAGUGAUCCGGGCCUGCGACUGGUGCCGGAAGCAUCGCGUCAAGUGCGACACGCAUUCGCCGUGUUCCAACUGCGCCAAGAGGGGCGGUGGGUGCAGCAAUGAGUCCAUGAACGCGACUUCGCUUCCCCUUGCCCAUCGCGAGAUUGAGCGUUUGCGACAGAAAGUCCUGGAGCUGGAACUGGAACUGCAGCGGGAGCGGGCUGGCGGGCUGGCAGGAAGCAGCAGUCUGUCUCCUCCGGCGCUCAGUGUUAGCUCGGAUCAUGGGAUCGGGCUCAUUGGAGACUCGUCGCGCAUCAACCUCUGGGGCGGCAUCCGCAUGAGCACGGCCCGGUCGCCGCACAAGACGUGGUACGGACCCUCGUCGCUGUUCUACUUCAUCAGCCGCAUCAACGCCUUCUUGGACGGGUCUCUCCAGCAGCGACACUCGGCAGACCACAUGCUGCUCGACUCAUCUAGUAGACGCCUCGAUGAGCCGGCAGCGACUCCCGAGGCUGAGGAGCCCUCGCAGGACCCUCGUGUGGGCGGCGUCACAAAGGCAACCUACCUGAGCCCCACGCAAGAGGAAUAUUUCCUCGACCUGUUCUGGCAGUCAUACCACACCUCUUUAUUCCCCAUACUCGACGAGACGGCCUUCAAGGAGCAUUACAGGUCGCUGUGGACGGCAUCCGGCAACACACGGAAGCCGUCGGCGCUCGUGGACAUAGUAGUUGCGAUGUGCAUGCAGUACGGCAUGUCUAUGUUGCCCGCCGUGAAGCAGCAAGUCUUCGGCGACCACAGUGACGCCGCCAUUGCCGGCCGCUGGCACUACCGGCGUUCCCAAACGCUGCUGGCCCGCGAGCUGGAGAGCCCCACCGUGUCAACCUUGCAGUGCCAUCUUCUGUCUUGCAUAUACCUGUGCUGCGGGUCUUUCCAGAACAUGGCCGACAGCGCGUGCGGCCUUGCUGUGCGUGCAGCGUAUAUGCUUGGCCUUCACCUGAACCCUCCACAGACCAUGCCGCGGCGAGAGAGGGAGAUGCGCAAGCGUCUGUGGUGGGCUCUCUACGUCUUGGACAGCAAGAUCGGCAUGAAGCUUGGCCGUCCGUUCCUACUCCCGCACCUCUCCAGCGCCACGCCUUCGCUCCCGGGCGAUGAUCUCGAUGCGGCACUGCAAUCGGGGUCCAACUUCGCCCCCUUGGGUGACAACGUCACAUGGCUGAGCUUCGAUCUGCAGCAGUCGAAGCUGUUCCAAGCCGCUCGGACAGUCCACACAGCCUUCUAUGACCGCAGUCCGAACGCCAACCACGGGCAGACCAUGUGGGAUGAUCAACAGGCGCUGGCGAGCCACGCAGAGUUCCUUGGCCCCUACAUGAGGGGUUUAGACGAAUGGGCCGCUGGCGUACCCGUUGCCCUCAGGACGGAGAGACAGGGCAAUGGCGCUCCGUUCUCCACGGACGACUCACCCCUCAACAUCGAACAAUUCGCCCCCCUGUGGCUCCAACGGCAGCGUCUGCUUCUGGAGCUGAUGUACCACCAUCUAUGCGCAAACCUCUACCGCCCGUUCAUUUCCUUUAGUAGCCCGACGCCGACGUCCGCCACCGUCGCAGAGGAGGCCGCGCUGAAGUGCGCGCUGCACGCCAUGGCGGUGACCCGAAUCACACACCAAGUCCUCUCUACCACCAACAUCUUGGCCGGCUGGCACGAGGCCUUCCAGCUUCAGUGGAACGCGGCCUUGACGCUGGUGGGAUUUGUGCUUGCACAUCCGCACCAUGUAUCCACGGCAGAUGCCAGGAAGGCCAUGGACCAGUCUGUUGCCGUCUUCGACAUCUUCAGCGAUAGCUUCGCGGUUGCGGCCAGCGCGGCGAAGAUCAUGCGCGACCUCGGCGCCAAGGUCAAUUUCCUCCACCAGCACCACCAGCAGCAGCAGCAGGGCCAAGGGGAGGCCACUAGUGGUAGCCUUGAUGAAGCGAACGAGGCGGCGGGUCAGACGAUGAUGAUGCCGGGGAACGCGAAGAUUCUGGAAGAUAUCUUGUCGAUGCCGGACAUUUCGACCGUGUCGAAGACGUGGGAUGGCACACUGAGCCGCGACGACCUGAAUGCUGCGUCCAUGCAGGACGUCUUCAACAUGGCGUUUGCUGUGGACGAAUGGAGCAAUCUCGAUUCGCUGUGGCCGACUAUGGACCAGGUGCUAAUGCCUGAGCAGUACAUUCUCGGGCUGUAAAAUGCCUCAGGUACGUUACCAGGUAUUGGAGAUUAAUGAAAAGACUUCGGGUGCAUAAUGCAAUAUUGCGGCUUUGCAACUGUGCUGCACGGACUUGUUUGGACGAGCAUCAAGGACAGCGAAAGCGAUGAGCGAUAGGAUUGGUUCGAAGUCGACACAGGGAGUGAUGUUCUAGAGUGAAACCAGUCGGAAUAUCAAACUGAGGGAGAGAGGUGCAAUACAACGAUCGGGAGUAAGUGACUGUAAGUCAUAACCGACCGGAGUCCUACGUGAUUUCAGCUUACAUCAAAUCCAAGGGCCAACCGGAGUCGCUCCUCGACCGGAGUGUGGGGGCGCCC